AUGCGUGGACCCACGCAGGACUACCUAAUUCGAGCCAAUUGCACUUGCCAAAACUUCAAUGGAACCACAGGCUAUUUCGCACGUGCGAGGUUCCAGAGACCCGAGAAUGCCCUCUCCGAAAUUUUGGCUGAAAUUUUCGAUGGGCAGGUGUGGGGGGUGAAGAACGAAGGGACGGAGGUGGAAUUCUAUGUUUUGUGCGGGUGUUUGGAGGAGGACGUGGUGGUAACGUACACUGUGCAGCAAUCUGAUACGUUGGUUGGGAUCGCAACACCGCUGAGAUCUGAUGUGGGUAGGAUCCAACGGCUGAAUGCCAAGUUGGUUGGGGAUCCGAACAUCAUCGUCGUGGGCUGGGUCUUGUACGUCCCCAUGCAAAAGCCUGGAAGCCCAAACAAAAAGAAGAAGAGAAUUCCAGAAAUAGUUGUGGGGAUAUCAGCAUCUAUAGCAUUACUUUUAGUUGGACUCAUUUUAGUGCUCUUUGUCAAGAGGAGGAACAGAUUAUGUCGGCAGCAGCCGCCGCCUAUAAAAGAUCCAGAAAAUGUAACCAAAUGGCCAAGUGCUAGGACCAUUUCUUCGUUACGAAAUCAAUCACUCGGCCGAGAAAUUAUGGAAGAUGGAUCUGGUUUUGAGUCGGAAAGGCCUUUCUUAUUCACCUUGGAGGAGAUCGAAGAGGCAACUGAAAUUUUUGCUGAAACAAAAAAGAUUGGAGAGGGAGGUUAUGGGGAUGUAUAUUAUGGCGUACUGGAAAAGCAGGAAGUUGCAAUUAAAAGGAUGAAGUCGAAUAAGUCCAAGGAAUUUUUCGCAGAGUUAAAAGUGUUGUGCAAAGUGCAUCACCUAAAUGUGGUGGAGUUGAUUGGCUAUGCAUGUGGCGAUGAUCAUCUUUACUUGGUUUAUGAGUAUAUUCAUAAUGGAUCACUGAGUGACCAUCUUCAUGAUCCACAAUUGAAAGGUCAUGAGGCCCUUCCUUGGGAUGUAAGAAUACAGAUUGCAGUUGAUGCUGCAAGGGGAAUUGAAUAUAUUCAUGAUCACACUAAGACACGCUAUGUCCAUCGCGACAUAAAGACCACCAACAUUUUACUUGAUGAGGCUCUCAGGGCUAAGGUUUCCGAUUUUGGGCUGGCCAAGCUUUUGGAACGAACUGGAGCUGAAAACUUCAUGACGACACGAUUAGUUGGAACACCAGGUUAUCUACCACCUGAAUCUGUUUGUGAGCUGCAAUCAACUCCUAAGAGUGACGUUUACGCUUUUGGCGUGGUUCUGGCGGAGCUCAUAACAGGAAAACGAGCACUCGUACGAGAGAUUGGGGAACCAAACAAGAUGAAAUCUCUCAUAUCUAUUAUGCUCGAGAUAUUCAGGGGAGAAGAACCUUACGUCUCUUUGCAAAGAGUGACUGACAAAAAUCUCAAUGACAACUAUCCCAUAGAGGAAGUAAACAAGAUGGCUGAAAUAGCAUUUUCAUGCCUGAAUGAAGACCCAACGAAUAGGCCUGAGAUGCGAGAAGUGGUCAUCAAGCUGUCUCACAUAGUAAUGUGCACAUUAGAAUGGGGUGCUUCUCUUGGUGGCAACAACCAAGUCUUCAGUGGACUUAUCGCUGGAAGAUAGAGACAGAGAGAGAUGUUUUCUAAUUUGAUUGCAAAAUGACCACAAUCAACAGUGCAGUUUAAUCAACAACAUGGUCUCAAAAGUUUCACAGCCAAAUGACCACAAUCGGCUUUAUAUUUUCCCCGUACAGAUCUUCUGUAACACAAAGGUGUCCUGAUCACCAACUUUCUAUCUAUUAAUAGCCCCUCUCUCUCUCAACUACUGCACCACAACUAUUGUCAUUACCUAUCUGCUUCACUACUUCA